AUGGUGCUACGCACACUCCCGCUGCUGCUCGCGGCGUUGAGCGCGUCGACCAGCGCGUCUGUGGAUGUGAGCGUUUGCCGCGACGCCACCUACAGCCUUUCGAUCGAUGCGUCGACACUGUGCGCGGGUUCAGGCUCGGUGCCUGCGGGUUUUAGCUGCCCCAAGGCGGGCGACGUAGCUGUGGCCGACUGCCACUCGUACCUGCCGUCGUAUGUGGACGGAAAUUGCGUGGCGCCUGAGGACGCUGUGUGUCAGCUCGUGAACGGCGACACGUGGGGCUGCGUGCUGCCCACCGUGGGCUGCGACGGCGUCGUGGAGGUCAAACCCAAAUGCGAGACCUGGGACUACGAUGGAGACGACACCGUGGACUUGGACGGCUCUGGAUCGUUCGAUGGAAACGAGGACUACGACGAGAGCUGGUUCGUACAGACGACCGAGCUGCGUGAUCUCUACAACUGUGGCGAAAGGCCCACACCCGCACCGACAACGCCCCAGGUGACGCCGGCCGCCACCACACCAGCGCCCACGCCUGCUGCCACUACGACGGCGCCCACAGCCACGCCGGCUGCUACUACCACGGCUCCUAAGGCCACGCCCGCUGCUACUACGACAGCACCGAAGGCUACGCCUGCGGCUACAACCCCCACGCCGACCCCCGCGGCGACCAACACUACCGAGACACCGUCUGCUACCCCAGCGGCUACUAAAACGACGACGCCUACGGCCACUCCAGCGGCUACGACGCCACACGGAAGCUCUUCUAGCAGUGGCUCCGAGGACGCAGAGGUCGGAGACGACGACACUGAAGUGGGAGACGAUGACAGCACUACCUCGGACUCUUCGCCGGUCCAGAUGUCGGCUGGUGACGUUACCAGUACCGGGGGAAUCGGCGCUGCCACUGUCGCCGGUAUCGCAGUAGCGGCCGCGGUUGUUGCCGUCGCUGCAGUCGCUGCGGUCUACGCCAGGAAGAGACACAUGGCCAACCAGGAGGGCGACGCUGAGGCACGUCAACGCAGCGGGAGCAUCGAGUACGAGAUGGCCUUGACGCCACCCAAUGCGAUCACGACGCCGGCCAUAAUUACGUCCCCCAGAAGUUAA